AUGAAGAGCUUUGAAGUUCUUGUUGACCGUGUUGGUAUAUCGAGUGCAUCACUGCGCCCUCUUGAGUUCUUGGUAGACCAACAUCUUCUCUUUGUAAAGGAUAAAGAGAUUCAAGUAUUCAAGGAUGAGAAUGUAAAGAACAGCACGCACCCGAUCUUCCAGCGCUACCCAGAGGUCCGUGACGAGACUCAGAAAUGGCUUCGUGAGCAGAAGGAGCAGUAUGUGUUGAUGCACGCCCCCUAUCAGCUGACUGGGAUACGUGUCAAAGUCUACCGGCUAGGUUCAACCACGCAGUGGUUCACUGCAGUCAUCACAUGGCACGAUCUACUAUCAAGGGAGUUGAGAGUAAUGGAUGACACUGUUCUGGAGAGUCACACAGAGAAUCCAGCUCACAUUCAGAUGAUGUUCCUAGAUGACGGUAAGAUUGUUUAUUAUUGAAUGACAAGUGUUACUUAUCACGCGAUGAUGAAAACUCUUCAUUUUCACAAUCUUUUCGAGUGAUCGUAUAAUAGAUUUUAAGAUGAAUUAUAUGGAUAUGUAUGUUCCUUUAGACAAUUUUAUCUGUUAUGAAAUCUUGAAGAAUAUUUUUCAUAAUGCUCUUCUGUUGCACUUCACAAGGUGGGUAUUUGGAAAUUCCUUCAUGAUUUUAAUCAAUAAAACAACCUCUUCAAAUCUAAUUCCAAGGAAUUGAAAAGAGAAGUUUUUGUUUUUUUUAAACAGGAUAUUAUGGAAAUAUAUUUAUCAUUCAAGCUUGCUGCUAAGCUGAUGAGGGUACACGGUGGAACAAAAGAUUUGAAUAAGUCACAGAAUUUAAGAUUGCAUGAUAUUUAUGAUUUGUAUUCCGGCUUCACAUUUCUCAUGAGUAAACCCAAGUGUCUGCUAUGUGAGAGUGAAAUGGUGUGUGAGUACUGUUAAAAAGUGUUUUUGUCAUCUUCUUGUGUCUGUGCGAGAAGCACAUGUAUGUACACCCACACUCUCUGAUGUAACAGUUUAAGGUCAAAUUCAUUCCGAUAUUAAACCUAAACAAAGAAUAGGUAGUACGCUGAUAAGAUUUAUCAAGCUGAAUCCCUUAAGGGUUGGUGUGUUUUUUGUGAUUGAAAUCUUUGAAGAACAGUAUUCAACUCUUAUGAGCUCAUCACUCAUUCUAUCAUUAUCAAUCUAUAAAACCUUCUCAAUUUAUCAAACUGAAUGAUCUUUCUUUUCAAUAAGUCUCCAAAUGAAAUUUACUUUCAAGUGUUAAUUUGUAAUGUGAGCCGAUGGAUAUUUAUGAGAGGUAAAGUCUCUAGUUUUCUGUUUCCAUUUAUUCAGAAAUGUUUUUUAAUGGUGUACUGAUAGUUCUUUAGGAAAGCCCAAUUGAUCAGUUCGGGUACUAGAUGACAAUAAAUCAGACAAGAUUUUAUGAAGUUUACAGUAAUUGCAUUCCACUGUAAAAUACAGAUUGAUUCUACAGGCUAUAGUAGAAAAAAUACUGUCCAUAUUGAUAUUUUUUGAAGCGCUGCCAGAUUGAUCCAGAACCUUUGUUCAUCUUGUUUACGAAAUUGAAAUUUGCCUCUAAUUCUAUGUCAAUUUACACAAACUUUUAUGGAUUGAUAAGACCCAUUAUAACCAGUUCAAAAGGCAUACAUGCCUAAUCAUUUAUCCCGAUGAGCUCAUAUUCUCAUGUUGACAAAGGCAAAAUAAUAAUCAUUUUAUUGUUAUCUCAUUGUUAUUAUAGAAGUGCUGAUUCCCACAUAUUCCUCAUUUUAUUCAGAUGAGGAAAUGAUAAGGAAGCCAUUGUAUUAUUGAAUAGACAUUACUUUAAUAGAUAGGAGGUAAAAGGUCACAUCGCAGGCCUAAUAAAGACAUCCUUCGUUCAAUACGAUUGUUGAUUGUGCUUGAUUGAACAAAGCCGGUUUGUGAGAGAAAUCAAAGUUCAGGGAUCUGGCUUAUUGAACUAAAAAUUGAUGUAGAAAUAUUGAACAUUGUGCUCUUUAAUGGCAUAUCUCACUUCAGAAUACUACCUCGUAGGAAAUCGAUUUGAAUCGCAGUAAUUUUUUUUUCAUAAGGUCAAAAUCUUUUUGUAUCAAUGUGUAUUCUUCACUUCUGCAGGAGGAAAUAACUUUACAGCACGAGUUUGUGAAUAUUGAUUUUCAGCUCAUGUUAGCUUUCCUCUGUACAAGAAGUAUGGGAGCUCAUGUAAAUAUUGUGAUUUGGUGUAGAGAUUAUUGUUCACUAAAUUGAAGCUGUUUGUAUUACAUUAAUUUAAAAAAAGUAGUGAAUAUGUGACAUCCUUUCCUUCAUUUCAUAACUAUAAUGUGAAAAAUUAAAAUGACUUCACUUUUUC